AUUCUUUCAAAUCAAAUUCAUCAGUACAGUGGAAAAUGUCCAAUUAUAGAUCCAAACGAAUCCCACAGUGUCCCCUAUUCUGAGCCCACGACAUACCUUGAUUGUGGUAAUACUUCGUGUUAAGCACAAUAAAUGCUGUUCACUCUAUAUGAACGAGUCAUCAAGUUCGAGUUUUGUAUUCUUUUUAAUUUUCUUUCAAAAAAGAGUUAUAAAACGAGCAUAAGAAAAUGUCCCAUCUACCGUCUGAUCCAUCGAAGAUAGAAAGGUAACAUGCUUGCUGGAAAACUCAAUUUCUAAAGUAAAAUUGUAAAAACCUAAUACUUUUGUGGUCCUUGUGAUCAUAAUUUAUGAAAAUAAUUUUGGCUUAUUUGUACUGAUGACUCCAUUUCAUUAUUAUAGAUGGUCUAUAGUUUAUCCAUCAUAUAUAAAUAGUAAGAAAACAGCGGCUGAAGGUCGAAGAGUACCGAAAGAUAAGGUAGGUGGAUCACUUGCCAGUUUGCAGAACGUGUCACUAGCGCACCCGAGGGCAAUUUCUUGUUGCAAUUUUAGCGCACCUAGCCUAAAUGUUCCUCGUCCCUUAGCUCCCAGGGUGCACUUGACAUGUAUAAUGAUGUAGGGUGUCUAUACAAGUAAGCUAUUACAGACCACAUGACUUGAAAUGGGUUAAUUUACAUACAAGCUUAGGAGGUCUAUUAGCAACCGCAGAGGUAAAUUGAAAGUAUUUCCAGGGCAUCAAUUUACAGUAAUAUCAUGCUGGACGAAACACAUAUUUUUUGAAACAUAACUAUAAUUAUGAUAAUCAAUGCGUUAGGCAUAUACAACUAUCUGGACUGUUGUAGUUAUAUAAUACACAGGGUGUCUCAAGUAGAACCGAACUCAAAAUUAGACAAGCGAUUUCGCGUAAAUUAAGUCAUAAUUGCGUUCAAUUUUUUCAUAUUAAGAAAGAUCAGACUUUUAGCUAUUAAAUGAUACAUUAAAUGAUUAAAUGAUCCAACAAUUGGAUCCAACACAAUGAGAUCCGACAAAAUUGGAUCGUGUGAACAGACCUUUCGACACCCUGUAAAGACCUUUAGACACCGUGGGGGGAAAGACAAGAGAUAAGCCGCUGAUAAAUUGUAAUUUACUAUUUCCCAGCUGGCGGACCGGCGGUGACACACCUUGUCACAAAAAAUUCGCACCUACAGCAUUUUUUACAAUUUUUCAGGUGCGCACCUGACAGUUUGAAGCGCACCUGCACUUGAAAUUCUUGGUAUAUCGCACCCGAGAUCUCGUCGAAAUGUGCCACGUUCUGCAAACUGGGCCACUUGGUUAUAGAGCGGCAGAGUGCUGUGCACUAGAGGUGUGCAUCGGAUCGGAUUGGACGUUUAUAAUCCGACAAUUGCCUAAUAUUUAAAAUCCGAUCCGAAAUUGUCUAAUCCAAAUCCGAGUUUUGGAAAAGAAUUCCGAUCCGGAGGAAACAACUUUAUCGAUCCGAUCCAAAAUGAAUAUUUUGGUUCCGAAAUCCGAAACGAAUCCGAUCGGAUUUGGAUCGGAUUUGCACACCUCUACUGUGCACACCAGUGCAGUGCCACCAGAUUCACAGUGGCACAGAGAGCCUUAGUUGCAUUUUUCAGAGUGUUAGCCAGAAGUAAAAAAAAUCUGUGUUUACCUGAAAUAGGGAAAUUUAUUUUAGCCUGAAGCCGGGCAUUUCUCUGUGGGUCUGGGGGCAUGCAGUUGCCCUCUCGAUUUUUAAAAUUUUUGUGUCGUUGAAAUGGCAUUUCCCACAUUUUGGGAGUAAUUUUGAGCAAAUGUAUAGUUAUGUUUUUAAUGGCAUAACAACAUUGAAUUUCUAUAACUAUUUUUUGGCUGACCCAAAUUGGGAAAUUGCAACCUCAAGGUAUUAAAUUGGGAAAACGGCGUUUAACACGGAAUUUUUGACUGUAGCUACUGUAACACCCCGUUUUUUGCAACUGCUCCUGCUUCCAGGGUGCAUUCCAUGUAAAUGCUUUAACCCCGAAGAUAUGCCAAUAUUAUAACUAUAGAUAGUAUUGUAUUAAUUUGACAGACUCGCACUGAAGAUCUUCGGCGUAUUCCACUUAAAAUGCACCCUGGUCCGGCUUAGGUCUAAAAUGGUAUAUAAUGUUCUGCACAAAAUUUCCAUUUCCAAAAUCCUUCAAUGCAUGAGCUGAUAAUCCGUAACUUUUACGUCUGGUAUAAGCAGAUAAGAGGCUCCCCCUAUGCCCCUCCACAAAAUGCAUUCAUGUAAAAGUUUAGCGACUAAGGUAAAAAUUGCACAGUUAAUUAAAUUAAUUCAAAUUCAAAUUGUGGUCCAUUUAUCAUAUUUCAUACAGCGGCAAAGCCUUCAGAUUGUGAUCCACAGGUGCAGUUAUCAUAUUUCAUACAGCGGCAAAUCAUUCAAUAAAGUAAUACCAAAUCACUGAACAGUGGUAUUCUGUGUGAGUUUUGCUCGCUGUGCAAUCAGAUUCCAGCCAUCUGAUUGGCAAAUUUCCUCACCACCAUGGGGAUCAGCAUUUUUGCUCGAUCUGUGGGUAGUGCUGCUCAAUUUGUGCAUCAGGAGCUCCUGAAUUCUCAAUGGCUAAUUUUUUUGCUCAAUCAUGACCAUUAUGCAGCUUGGGGUAUUCAUCAGCCCUGAGCCUGCCUAAGUCUUAAAUGAAAACGGCAUGAUUAUGGUACAGCAUUUCUGAUCGCUGCUUGAACAUGAUGGUUGAAUUUCAAGUGCCAAAGACAGAGCGAAUUUACACUACAAUGUCUUGUAGUAUUUAUUAAACUUGUCCAGUCCACGUUUAAGACAGGGAUGGAUUUACUGGGGGGUACGGGGGGGGGGGGGUGCACCCCCCCUAUCCCUGGCCAGAGGGGGUGGAGGGGGAUGCUAUUUUUCAUGAUAAAGCAAAAAAAAUAUUAGAGACAAAAUAAGAUACAGUAAUUUGAGGAAUAACAUGAUAAUAAGCAAACUGUGUACAACAAUUACAAUUCAAAUACUGAUAGUCAAGCAAGACUUUGCAGUAGUGAAGCAAGUUGAUGGGCGUGCGGCACAAAUGACUGACACAACUCGGCACCAGAGCUGGCAGAGCACCCCCCCCCCUACCAGAUCAUGCUGGAUCCAUCCCUGGUUUAACAUAGAGCUGUGUGCCGGAGUACCGGACCUGGAACUCCGGCACAUUAAACAAGCACCAAAGCAUGUAUAUUUGAUAAGUACUGUAUAUAAAGAAAGCUCAUAAAGGAAUAAAAUAAAUUCUGAAAUUACACUGAAGUACUUUUGCCUGCUUCUACUUUUAACUAUGAAAUUUCCUUGCCGUAGCAGGAGCUGGAAUUUGGACUGCCGGAGCCAGAGCUAAAAUAACCGGAGUUUGCACAGUUCUAGUUUAAGAAUAAUGAUCUAGUUUAAGAGUAAAGAUCUAGCAAAUAUCUGUCAAAGGGCAAUGCUUAGCAUAUCCAUGCUUUAAAUACUGUAGUACAAGAUAUGUCGACGAGCUUUUAGAUGCUAUCUGUGACACCAAACUUAGUCUCGCUAGAAAUUCCUUUCUGCUCGGUAUGGAAAUUGACUGUUUGUGUACUUGAAUUAGCUAUAAUAUUAUUUCUGCGGUUGUUCAAUAGGUUAUUUUUUUAUAUAUUUAUAAUCCAAAACCAUAAUUUGCUUUGUAUUUGUCCAUAUUAGAAUUAUUUGUAUCAGGAAAGGUUUUGUUGUUGUAUUUGUAUCGAUAAUAUCAAGGAUAAUAUGUCAAUUCUAUGUCGCAUUGUCAAAAUCAGGCUAACAGGGGGGAGGUGAAUAGGGGUAUACAAAGCCGCCGAUCCGCCCAAAUUCGAAGCAAAAUCUGCGAUCCGACAAUGGUCAGUUGUCUAAAUUUGAAUCCGCUAAAAGCUCUACUAUGAAGUCACAAUCCAGGAUCCCACUAAAUUGCAAGCUAAAUCCACAAUCCGAGCCAGAAUAUUAGAGACAAAAAUUAAUUUGUCUGUUAGGAGGUGGGGGGGGGGAGGUUUGGAUGUUCGGAUUUUGGAUCUGGUGAAUAUUUUACACAGAUUUAUGGAUCUUAUUGAUACAGCAGUAUUAAUAAGAUCCUCAAAUCCGUGUAAAAUAUUCACUAGAACCAAAAUCCGAACAAUUUUUUCUGUGAAAUCCAACGAUCCAAAAACCUUUUCACGCCCCCCUCCUAACAGACAAUCUCUAUAUGAUACGUUAACAACAAAACACCCUCCCCCCGACUAACAGAAAAAAAAUUUGACUAACCUAUGAUAAUUCCUGGAUCCGCCCCUGAUUUUGCUAUUCCGGUACUAAACUGUUGGAAGCUCAGCAUCUUGGUCACAAGACAGUCAAGAUAAAUAGGCAAAACAACUUGUGGGAAUUCUCUAUUGAAUUCUGAAAAAAACUACUGUAUUCACUCAGAACAAGUGAUUGGAUUGUUCCAGAAACGAUUCAGACACACUUGCCCCACACAGGAAAUUUCUGCUUUCUGGAUGGGGAGGGAAGAAAAAUAUGUUUCCGAUAGGAAGGGGGUAUUAUACAGGGGUUAGCCUCUGUGGGGGAUGUAUCAAUGGAUGUUUACUGGAAUUACCCAUACACAAAUCAUGUUUAUUUUCAUUCUUUAUUCACAGAUCAUGGUUAAAUUGUGACUUUUUUUACAUGCAUGUAAAAAAGAUUAAAAAAUGACGAUCAUGAAUUACAGAUUACGAAAAUCAUCAACCGUGUUUCACAGCUAAAUAAAAUAACCCCACUUCACUUUACUUCACACAAAAACUAUACAGUAUAGGGUGCUGUCAGAUAAUCAGUAACUUUUAGGCCAAUAUUUGAUGGCUUUAAAUCGUUCUAAAUGUGGUCCUCUUGACAUCACAAGAAAUCCAGAACCAGUUCAAUAUUUAUGUGAUAGUUUCUAAAGACCUCAAUUGGAUUCAUAGCGUGCACGAAACAUCCAGCACGUCAUCAUGAAGGCCAAACACAGGGUUUGUGAGAUGAGUGUUUUCAUGCAAGACACCUUUUAAGGUAUUAAAAUACCUGCUGUAAUUUCAUUGUCCCAAUAUCGGAAAGUGAUUUGCAAUUUUUACCAUUUGUGCCAAAAUAAUGUGCAAAUAAAUAUAGGUCAUUCCAGAAAACAUCCAUUUCAAAAUACCUCUCACACAGAGGAAAUUGAAAUUUAACUACAGGACUUCAGGUCAUUCCAGAAAACAUCCAUUUCAAAAUACCUCUCCCACGGAGGAAAUUGAAAGUUAACUAAUUGCCAACAUAUUUUGACAUAUUUUGAUUCUUAUUGUUACAAAGAUCUAUAAAAAAACCCUGUUGGAUUCGGUUUCAUGCUUCACAAAAUUAUUUUUAAUUAUUUUAUCUUCAAAUAAUUCAACAGAAUGUUAAUGCAUAGAACGUUUUAUUAAGUACUGUAUGUAGAUUAACAUUUGGUGUAAAAAGAGCAUAUAAUCAUUUAUGUCAAUAUGCAUGAAUUUCGAAUAUUGGCAUCUGGAAAUGAUUUUCUAAUUUUUCCAGUAAAAAAUAUUUAAAAUACAUAAGGUUGGGGGUCAUGUGGUAUGGUCGGUAAACUGGAACCAAACAAUUUUUCGGCUAAAUAUUGAUUUUUGAAAAGUUUGUGCAAAAUUCAUGUUCAUUUGCUAAAUUAUAUUUAGCUAACUAUUUAAAGCUUUUUUGGUUGUGAAAGGGUUAUUUGGACUAGUCCAUAUAUGGUUGUGUUUGCACUGCUUGUUCGUAAAUGUUGACAAGUUGUUACAUGCCUGCAGGAGACUUGCAUCAAAAUGAUGUUGAUUGCACAAACUGUUUUCGUCCCAUAGUGUCCCUUUUUGUUAUUUUUAAUAAUUUGAUCUUCAAAUAAUUCAAUAGAAUUGCAAUGGCUAGAACUUUUUAUUGAGUAGAUUAUAACAUUUGGUGCAAAAAGAGCAUCUCAUUUAUUGUCAGUCAAUAUGCAUGACUUUUGAUGACGAUUGGCAUCUGGAAAUGAUUUUCUAAUUUUUUCCAGUAAAUAAAUAUUUAAAAUAUAAGGUCGGGUGUCAUGUGGUGGGGUCAAUCAGUAAACCGGAACCAAACAAUUUUUUAGGCAGCAAAAUUCUUGCCCAUUUGCUAAAUUAUAUAUUGUCUAACUAUUUAAGGCCUUUUUGGUUCUAAAGCUUAGGCCGUUAGGGUCAUUUCAUUGUUCCUAAAGCCUGAUUUCCAUAUGGUCGUAAAGAUUGAGUCACGAUCUUUCUCAUCAGCCGAAAUACAACAUUUUAGAACUGAAAAUACGCGGAGUGAUUAUAACAAGAGAAUACUUGAGCGAUGGCCGUUGAGAAAGAUCGUGACUCAAUUUUUACAAUCAUUACGACCAUACAUAUGGAGAUCAUGCCGGCUUAAAUGUUGACAAAUUGUUACAGGCCUGUUGGAGACUUGCAUCAAAAUGAUACAUAGUUUGCCCACGUUUCAAUAGAGAAACUGAAGGUGGACGGACAUUCUCAGUCAGAAUGUCAAGAUAAUGGAACAGCCUGCCAAAUGAACUGAAGUCCAUUAAUAGUAUAAACAUUUUUAGAUCAUCUUUGAGAACUUUUUAUAUUGACAUUCUAACGGAUAUGAACCGUCUUAAAGUAUUUUAAACUUUUUACUAGACCAUUAGUUAUUAAAUUCCUACUAUAUAUAAUUAUGUAUAUAUUUGCAUGCUAUAGGCCUACGCAGCCAUUUAUUCUAUUAACAUAUUUUUGUACUUAUAGUUAGGAGGGCCGCUGCUUUAUCAGUUUCACUGUCAUGCGUUUACCCUCAUUAAUAAAGUUGAUUGAUUGUACAUACAUACAUUUUAUUGGGUUAUUCCCCGAGGGGCUUUUCGAAACACAAUUACUGUACAUGUUGAUUGAACAGACUGUUUUCAUCUCAUAGUGCAACAACUUGUUGAUACCUUUUUCCAUCCCUUAAUUAUAACAAACUAUAAUUUUUUGCAUAAUUUUAUCUGCUUCCAAAUAUUAAAAUUCUGUAUACAGUACGAAAUCAAGUCCCAUUUUAACAUCUGAAGGAGCAAUAAUCGCUCUGGUGUUUUUUUCCAAAUUAAUUCUAGGCUUGUGAGAAUCCAACUGUGAAUGAAAUAAAAGAUGUUUGUCAAAGUCAAGGCUUGAACUGCUCUGUAGAAGUAAGUUUGACUUUUGGCGGCUAUAUACUCUACGUUUGUUUGCCAUGCAGUAGUUCUUCUAAGAGUAUUUGCUGCCAGAAACUUAUUUUUCAUCUUUCAUUAGGUUAUUGCAUGUGUAGCUACGUGCAGGAUCGUUGUUAAGAGUUUGACGUGUGUAUGCACACCGCACACGGAGCGACAAGUCGCAGGGGCAUGUUGCAGGGACAUGUCGCCCAAACGAGUCACACGAAGCGACAGUGCUAGGCGAAAACAAGUCGCACAAGCGCUUACAGACGCGUGGUCACACGAGGCUACAAUUCAUGCGACAAGUCAAAGAACUCCCAUGAGGACUUAUAUUGAAAUUGAGCGUGCAAGUAGUCAUGGGAAUGAUAUUUUGUGAUUGGUCGGACUAAUUAUUUCCCCGCGACUUGUGAACAGACUAGCUCACACGAUGCAACAAGUCGCGGCAACGGUUUUUUUCCCCGCGACACGUCGCAUGAAAUCAAAUCAAUUUGAUUUCAUGCGACAUGUCGCGGGGACAAUUUUUUGUCCCCGCGACAACGUUUACACAUGUGACACACGAUGAAAUUUGACCCCGCGACAUGUCCCUGCAACAUGCGCCUGCGACUUGUCGCUCUUGUGACCGAACCUUAAGUUGCAAGAGGAUUAUUUCCAUUAAAAAUCAAUAAAAGAAAGUACCGGUAGUCACUGUGUGUUUUAUGGUUCAGUUUAGAAUAUUUUCAAGUUCUGUCGCUUGCCCAUUUCUAACACGUUAAACUUUUUUAAAUCUCUAUACAUCCUAGUUGAUCAUACAGUAUACUAAAACUGUCUGUACCAGUGUGGGUAGUACCAAUGUGAAAAUGCUGUGCUGAGGGGUUUAUAUUUACUACCUUAAAAAAUAAGCAGAAACUCGACGUUCGAGGGAAGGCCCGAAAUGUUUGCUUUUUAAAAUUUGUCGUGUCCAUGCAUCCAUCAUGGCUUUAUUAUCAUCAGGUAACUGCGGCGUUCGACGUUUCGAGCGAAGGCCAUUCGUCCGGAAGUUAGUCGAAGGGCCUUCGCAACGUCGAAGGUGUGUUUGUAUUUUUCAGGCAGUUGAAUCUCUCGCAAUCCGUAGAUAUCUUAAGCCUGGUUCCCACCAGCAAUUUUGUCGGCGAUUUUGUGUUUCUGACGGAUGCAAAUGAGUGAAUUCGCACACAAAAGUACACAGCUAAUUCAAUUAAAGUUGUUCUUCCAAAGACUUAAUUAAACCUUGAACUCUGAGCGCGCAAGGGAUGAUGGGUUAUUGCUUAUUUAGACUCAUCAACUUUGUAAUCUGGCUUUGUAAGAAUACCUAAGACAUAUAGAAGACUCGCGACAGAAAAUAUACUGGCUGUAAAGGCAAUUUUCUGAGUUUAAGGGCCUAUCGCUAUUGCGCGCUCAGAGUUAAGGUUUAAGGGUUUGGAAGGACAACCUGUCCUUGAUUGAAUCAGCGUCUCUUCAGAAGUAAACAAUUCUAAAGGCCCGUUUACACCGGCUAUUUUUGUUGCAAUUUCAGUUGCGAUUUUCUCUUUUUGGAGGAUGCGAAGGAGUAGAUUACAUAUCAGAUUUCAUAACCUGGAACAUUUAUAACUGAUCUACUCCUUCACAUCCUCCAAAAGGAGAAAAUCGCAACUGAAAAGAACCAGGUUUUAUUAUCGUAUCUGCCCACACUGGCACAGACCAUUCUUUAUUAUCAUCAAUUAUACUUUAAAUUCUACUGUUUUGUAAUACUCUAUUGUUAUUAUACAGCAUAUGUUCUAGAAAACUGUCGAGUCUAUUCAAUAAUUGUAUUUAAUAUGUAGAACAAGCAGUACCCCCGAGAUAGUGCCAAAGACGCCUUAUGCAAAGGAAGAGUAAGAGUUCAGCUGAAAGAUUCAAGUGGAAAGCCAGUUAAUCCUACGUUAUUAUCAAGUAAGUAAAAUAACUUGAGUGAAUUCAUUACAAAUCUCCCUCCCUAAUUUCAUAUGUUGUGCGCGCUUUCAUUUUUAUAUCAUCUUUUGAGAGUUUGGAAUACAUUUAUUUUCUUUUUCUUUUCUUAUACCAUUUCCCAUUUAUAUUAACUUCCAAAGCAUUUUCAAGGUUAAGUGGAAACCAACAUAUAAAACAACGUCAACGAUGUAAUAUGCAUGUUUACUUUGUCUCAAAUCAAUGGCCAUGCCACACGCGAAUUAACUUCAAGAUUUCACAAAAAAAUUUAGUUUACAAAAAUAUUAAUGCUUUGGUGAAUGUAUAAAUGCUUUUGAAAAAAAAUGUGCAUAAGAACAUUUUUUUCAAAAAAUCCAACAUUUUUCUGCUGAUUGCCGUCGGCCCAAUAAAGGCCCACACAGACCCGGACGCGAUUUGGCAACGUGACGCGAAUUUUCAAUUUUCACUGACAUUUAACUUUAAUAUUUUCCCAUGCUUUUCAAGUAUUCAGAACCACUUAAGCAAUUUUAGCUAUUUGGUCUGCAUAUCUUGUAAAAUAUUUAUCCCUUGACGGUUUUAUUUGUUUUCAGUAAAAACUGAAAAUUCGCUACGCGUUGCCGAAUCGCGCCCGGUCUGUGUGGGCCUUAAGGCAAAAAAAAAUGUGGGUUUCCGGUUUCCCGACGCUACCUAGCUUUUGGACGCCGAAAUCCCUACCCUAAACUUUUUUAUUGGAUCAUGCUUGUAUGUGUUUCUGCUUAGAGAAAAACGUUUGUGAAAAAUGGAAAUUUGAGGCAAUAUUAGGGAAAUUUAUCUUUGAAUGUGGAAGCACUGACUAAACAAAAUGGCGUCCGGUUGUUAGGAAAAUUUAAAAAAAAGUUAAAAAAAAAGGUUAAAAUCGACCUACCCUACCUAAGUUUUUUCAAGAAGAAAUAGGAAACCCACAUUUUUUGGCCUAAUGUAUUAGCGAGUCUUGUUUUUAAUUACUGUAGGUCUCUUCUUCCUAUAUAUAUAUAGUCUUGCGUCUGCAUGUACUUUAUAUGUAUGCGAAAAUGUUUCACUUGCACGACAGGGUGCGAUAACUCGAGAUUUCUAGAUUGCUGGCACUAACUGGUUUACACUAUCAACGUUUUGAAAGAUUUGUAAAAAACGUUUGUGGAAACAAACUCAUUGUUAAACACUGCAUGCACGAGUCAUUUCAAUAAAAAAUUUGUUACAAAUCCUUCAAAACUUAUAUACUUCUAUACAUACAAAAUUCCUACUGUGAUCAAAGAAAUUUUGAUAGUGUAAACAAGCAUUUAUAGUCUUUAAGGUCAAGAACACAUGAAGUAAAGGUUUCUGAAAGGUAUUCAUUCAGUAACUUGAAACAGGGGCUUAGGAAGCUUCCAACGACCGAAAGCUGGUGUCUCCAGAUCGUCAGAAAUGGCAUUUUAACGGUCUUCUCUCACUGGCAGUUUCGUUAAGCCCUUUCAUGCUCUGUCAUUAUGAUUUGUAAGCCAUCCGUGAGCCAGGAAGGAUGAUUAAUAUUACAGUAACUUGCCGAUGAAUCACGAUGAUCAAUGCAAUUGAACUCUGAAUUAUUAAAACAACAAUAAACGAUUACAGAUACAUUAUUAAUAUGAUAUAUACGGUUUCAAAUACCAGUUUCGAGAAUUUUGCAGUAUUUUUUUAUUAUUUUUUAAAUCCAAUAGUUUUUUGGGGGGCCGAAAGCUAUCCCGCCCCCCCCCCCUUAUAAAAUAUUGGGAGGGGGUCCCCUACUUCCUACCCCCCCCCUGACUUGAAACUACGAGUUAGAACAGGGAACACAAACGUAUAUACAAACACCACAAUCGACUGCAACAUUCCUUAGUCCUAUCAUUCCAAUCAUGUUUCAUGCCAAGACAUGCCAGAGUUAACACACAGUAUAUACCGACUUAAUUGCGUUAUGGGUACUUUGAACUUGAAAAAGUCAUGGUACUGUAUAUCAGCAAGACGUAAUUACACAGAUGGUAUAUACUUCAUGUGGCCCUCAUUAUGGUGUAUCAGAUUGAUUCCAACACCCACCCCACUCCGCCCCCAACCCCAUCAACACCCACCCCACCCUAAUUAUUACGGUGCAAGGGUCAAAUGAAGUACCUACCACACAGAUAGCGAGAGUCCGGGUUUGCCUACGUGGCUUCGGUGGCGCCGUCGACAGAGCAAGCGCCUUUCACCUCUGUGUUCGUGGGUUCGAUUCUUAUGGCGGGUGAUGUGUGUCAAAAUUCAAUAACACAUUUGGCAAUGAUAACGUAACAUUUUGCUACAAUAAUAACACAUUUGGCAACGGUAAAGUAACCUUUUUCUACAAUUUUGUGGCGGUUACAAGGCAUUUAUUAACAAUAACAAAACAUUCAAUGACAAAGUAUUAUUUUGCAACAACAUAAACGUAUCGUUUUAAUAUUUGCCAACAAUCGUACAUUUGGCAAGUACAAUCCCGUGAUGCAAUUGGGCACUAGCUCCAAAUGGCGCGAAAACGGUGCAUAAAUGGCGCGUAAUUAUUUUCACACAAAAUGGCAAUCAAGAUAUCGAAGAAAACGGAGUACGAACUGCUCUUAUAACGCGAUUGGAAAUGUUAUUGACUGAUGUAACGGAAUGCCUUUCAACAGAGCUUGAUGAUGUUAUUGAUCGUAUUCGCGAUUUUUCUGAAGACCUUUAUCGAUGCCUAGCAAAUCUGGCAGCACGAAAUCCCGAAAUUUACAGCGAAUUGCUACAUCAGGCCAGACUUCUCGUAGAUGUCAUACAACGUCCUAUUUUGAAUAAUGAAAAUUACGGACCGGAAACAUUGGGAAUGGUCAAUGGCACCAAAAUUUGAAAUUUUGAGAGACCAGCUGCAGUAUUCGCAGAUAUAUUUUGUGGUGAAUUUGCCACACCAUCCAGUAGCUGUACAAUUAUAUAUCUAGCCUGUAGUAGAGAUGACUGAAUAUCGUCUGACGCCGAAGCUCUCUCAUUUUCCGUCAUGUUUACUUAAAAAAGCCACAUGUAAUCCAAUAUCGCGAAAAUAAUUACGCGCCAUUUAUGCACCGUUUUCGCGCCAUUUGGAGGUAGUGCCCAAUUGCAUCACGGGAUUGUACUUGCCAAAUGUACGAUUGUUGGCAAAUAAUAAAACGAUACGUUUACUAGUAUGUUGUUGCAAAAUAAUACUUUGUCAUUGAAUGUUUUGUUAUUGUUAAUAAAUGUCUUGUAACCGCCACAAAAUUGUAGCAAAAGGUUACUUUAUCGUUGCCAAAUGUGUUAUUAUUGUAGCAAAAUGUUACGUUAUCAUUGCCAAAUGUGUUAUUGAAUUUCGACACACAUCACCCGCCAUAGAUUCUCGCUACGGACUCAUGUGAAAAGAGUCGGUCAACGCUCUGCCGAAAAUCGUGGGUUUUCUGCGGAUGCUCCGGUUUGCUCCCACAGGGAAAGUUGAUAGGGUGCAUGGGUUAGAAUAAACACAGUUAACAAAGUAAUAUCACAAUUGUUGUAAAGAUAAAAUAGUCUAGGCUAAGUAAGUAAUUAUGUAAGUGCAACACUUGAUGUAAAGCGCAUUUGAUCAUUAUCUACAUGUAAAUUUGCGCUAUCGAAACAUUAAUCGUACGUGAUGCCAAAGCGUAAUAUUGGCGUACUUCCAGUACGUAAGUACGCGAUUUAUCGCACCCUCUCACGAUUGUGGCUUUAUAGUUUAAAGUGCAUAUGACACAAAACUGUUUAUUUUCUUAAACGAAAGAACUGUUAAAAUUGUAAAAAAUGUCCAUGUUUCAUAAGCUGUGUUUACACUACGAGCCUAAGCCUGGCCUAGGCAUAGCUUUGGACUAGAUUUAUGUAGUGUAAACGCACUUUGGGCCUGGCCUAGGUUAGGAAAUGUGGAACACCUGUUCUGAUGGCCCAGAUUUCCUGACUUAGACCAGGCCGAAAUGCGUUUACACCACAAAAAUCUAGUCCAAAGCUACAAUCCUGGUCAAAAAUCCUUGGCGCACUUAGUCGAAAUAGCAUAACCUUUAUUUCAUUUCUGACUACCAUAUAGAUACUUGUCCAUUUUAUGAAAAAUUUCAUGUCCAAACACCCCCUAUCCCCCUUACCAAUGUUGUGUAACACCUUGGACGUAUAACACACUACACACAACAUUGAACGGGGGAAGGGGGGUUGCUAUGCUUGUUAUUGAUGUGGGAGUCAAAUUUGGCACAGUCAGUGUCAAGUGCGCCAAUAUUUUUGACCAGGAUUGUAGGCCUAGGCCAGGCUUAGGCUCGUAGUGUAAACACAGUUAUAGUUGAAAUAUUUCUUUUUCUUUGAUAAAGCAACGUAACCAACUUGACGUCAUACAUGAAUAACGAAGCAUCAGUAAAUGUUUUAUUUCGUCGCUUGUAUUUCAUGAAAUCACUUGUAUCAAGUGGCGAGUAUUUAUUUCACCUACGGUAUACUAAUCAUGCUGAUCCUUAUAGAUUCGUUUCAUGAUAAACAAAGAUUUGACACCUUAAUAUCUCAUUAUAUCUAAAUGCGUUAAUAUGACGUCAAGUUAGUUACAUUGAUUUUUUAAAGAAAAUGGAUAAUGUCAAAAAACGUAAAAGAAGAUAUACUAAAUAAAUACAAGAAGUUACUAUACAGUAUAUAAUUUUAACAGUUCUUUCGUUUAAGACAAUAGACUGAAUAGAGUGUUUAGUUGUUUACAUUGUAUUCCCUUGUUAUGUCCUCCAUGCAGGAGGAGGUUAUGUUUUCAUUCGUGUGUGUGUGUUUGUGUUUGUGUGUGUGUUUCUGUCAGCUGCCCGAUGACUCAAAAACUACAACCGAAACUACUACCGAAAAUUUGUGGGCUAAUGGACAUUGCCUAUGGACGAAUUGUUUAAAUUUUUAUUAAAAUUUGGUUGAGAAUUGGAUGUGAAAUUAGCAAAAGUUUGUCUUGCUUUGUCGGCCAGAAUAAACUGUAUUCGUAUCAUGGAUGAUUCCAGCUAUAGACUAAAUUUUGAUCCAGACAAGAACGUCGAAAUCUAUCAUUAUAGCUUAAAAGAACAUUCUUAAAUUAGUAAAAUUACCAAAUUUGGUUGCAAAAUGUUGUAAAAUACGGAAAAUAUAGCCAUGUGAAAUUAGCAAAUUUUGAGUAUUUUAGUAUUAAGCGGAAUUUUCCGCGCUGAGUGGAAUUUCUCUUUGUCUUUUCUAAUUAGUUCCACCCGAGAAAUCACAAGUCGAAGAGAAAUUCCGCUUCCCGCGGAAAAUUCCGCCUAGUGGAAAACAACCUUUUCCCGCGCGUAAUAGCCUUUAAACAAAGGAAACGCAUUAAUUAUUCGUUAUGUUGUAUGUCGUGGUACUUGUGAUGUCGCCGUCCACCAUGGCCGCCGUGACCAAGCCUUGAUAAAAUAUUUUUCUUCCUGGCAGCAGGCUUCCCAGACCAAAAAUUUCCUGCCAAUUUUUUUAUAAAUUUGAAUGUUGGUUGUAAUUCAAUAACAGCGUCGUGUAUGUAACAAUUAUUAGCCGAAGGCGAGGUGAUUAUCGGGGAAUAUUCGCCGAGACGAAGAUUUGGCCAAUUAACUUGUAGGAUUUGUUAUGUUCACUUGUGCAAAAAUACUAAACUACCUUACCUCAAUAUUAAGAAAAAUAUAGCUUUACUAGAAUUAGGAACAUGAAGGAAUUCUAUGAAACAGUAUUAUUAGAAUUUUGUUUUCAAAUUGUAAAUCUGAAUUUAUAUCAGUAUUCAUGCACUAUUCAAUAAUAGUAUAGUACGCCUUUGUUUUCCACAUGUAUCAUAAUCAUGAAUCAUGAUAACAGACAGUCGUAUAUAGCACUGACACAUGAUACAAAUUUUUAUGUUACGAUUGUUGUAUUUAUGCUCUAAUUGUGAUGUUUGUUACUUUGAUGCUGAUUUUUGAAAUUUCUCGAGCUUCAGUCUUGAUAUCUUGCUUUUCCUUAAAAAUUUCCUGUGAGAUUUAAAAAAUUUCCUGGCAGCAUCUGCCAUGCUGGCGGACUUUCUCAUGCCUUGGCCGUGACGUUACAAUGUAUACUAUAUAUAAUACAAGCAUGCAUAUUUUUUCAAUUUUAGAGAAACAAUUAUUUAUUUUCCUUGGUGAAAUGAUCCCGAAGUUAAAAAGUCGACAAAACAAAUCUCAACAGGGUGACUCGUCCAGUUCUCAGUCCUCCUCUAGUAAUACUAACAAGAAGAAAAAAGGAAAGAAAGGAAAAUCAAAAUGAUCACACAGUCACACAAGAUGGUCUUAAUAACUAAUAACUUAAAGACAAUUCGGUGUUUCCAUUGUGCAUUCAAAUUCACAGUUCUGCGCUGUGUUAAAUUAGCCAUUUCCCAAAGUCCUGGGUCUAGUCGCGCGAAUCCCAUGGUGGAGGGACAAGAAAUAUGGCAGCACACAUUUAAAUUAAAUGUUUAAUGUAAAAAAGAGAUAUUUCAUUUUUGGUCAUCUAAAAAGUUGAUAUUUGAUGGUAUAUACUUUUAUACUCUUUCACAUAUUUGACGCCUGUCACCCUAUAUUUUCUCCCUCCAAACGAUCCCAGAAUGCAUUGUGAUCUCUUUUGGGAAAAGGCUAAUUGCUGUUGAACUAUAACAUGUAUAGCUGGGUCUGGAAGGGCUUUUGUUCGAAACGUCGAAGUUCUCCUUGUAUUUUUCAAGUAGUAGUUCAUCCCUAUCAACCCGCGGCUUUCUUAUUAUUGCCACUACCUAAACUGGCACACACCGUUCAAAGUAUUCAAUAGACCUUUCCAAUUAUGAGUGAAAUUUUUAUCUAGUUAUGCUCGGACAAAAAUUUCAUCACAGCUUGAAAGAGCAUCACAAAAUUAGUAAUAUUCCGACGUUUCGUUGCGAAAUGUUGUAAAAUGCGGAUAAUAUAGCCUUGCGAAGUUUGCCGUUUUUCAGUCAUUUUGCAUUACAAACGGGAAAUUGAUAAUCAGAUGAUCAAACUGAUUAUCAAUUUCCCAUUUGUAAUACAAAAUGACUGAAAAACGGCAAACUUCGCAAGGCGCGCGAGUGAGCAUCCUCCUAUGUAACACGCGCAAUAUAAAUUUUUAAAUUAAAUUAAAUCAAGGCUAUAUUAUCCGCAACGGAACUUCGGAAUAUUACUAAUUUUGUGAUGCUCUUUCAAGCUGUGAUUUGACUUGUCUAGAUCAAAAUUUCACUCAAAAGGGGAAACUAAGGUCUAUUGUUCAAUCAAGAUUCAUAUAAUGCAAAAAGUUGCUCAAAGAACAAUAGUUUCCGGACGUUUGAUUUCCUUUAAAUUAGAAAAUAUAUUCCCUUAAUUAAGUGUACUUUUCCAAAUUUUGCUUUACACAAAAUAUGCUAGUACAAAAAUUAUUUAUUAUUUUAUUGUGGUUCUUAUAUACUGAUUCAAGAGCUGAAUACUUUGAUAUGCAUAUUCUAAUUUUUCCUGUCUUAGCUUUCUAUUAUAGUUCAACUGCAAUAUAUCCCGACGCAGAACGCGACAUUUGGAUGCGCAGUCGACACCCGAAUUGAGUUAUUCAUAAUGGAGCUGACUGUAAUUGUUAUUCAUAAAAAUGCGACUACAAAAUAUAAUUAUGCCUGCACAUGCGAAUGUUGGAGUGCAUAUUUAUUCUAGGGAUAUGGGGAGGGGUUGGGCUCCGAUAAGGCACCCAUUUAAUAGCAAGUCGGUUUUUGUGUUGUUUGCGUAUGUGAGGUCAUCAACCGUUAUGAGUAUGAAGACUUCCAAUUUAUUACAUGCAAAAGCUUAUAAUUGUUGUACGCCAAGUGACAUAAAUUUUGUGAUUAAAUUUUGUAAUUCUCUUGAUGAUGGUAUUACACUUUAUAGCGUAUAGCUGAAUCGCCUCAUAUUUCGAUGAUGUUCUUGUUUUGUGCGAAAUAAAGGUUCUUAUAAU